UUUUCUGGAUCCACUGUAGUGGAUGCUCUUGCCACGCGCUUUCUGAGGCGAAAAGCAAUCAUGCUCUCACUCAAAGCAGGCAUCGUCCGGUGCUCAGUCGCAAUCGAUUGCUUUCCUCUCUUCGUUCGUCUCCGCGGAGUCUCCAUGCGCGUGAGAUGUGAGCAGUGAGUUCACUGACCAUCGACCUCCGCGCACAACCCGACUAGGGGCGGGAGGCCUCUCGUCGUCGCCGCCGCCGCCGACGCGACCGAGAUCUGCAGGUUUCUCUGCAUCCUCGAGUGAAGCUGAAGCACCGAAAUUCCAUUUCCUCUUUCUCGUUGGGUUGUAGCCUCGCCGCAGUUGUUGAGUUUAGUGAGCGUCAAGCAUACUGAUUCCCUUCACCUCUUUCACAAGAAGAAGAACAAAAGGCCCCUCAUCUGGUGGCAUCAAAGUGUCAUACUGUCGUUGCUCUGCUGCUGCUGCUGCUGCUGCUGUGUCCUCCUUCACCUGGGGUUUAGGCAACAGUUUCUUUGACAUAAUGAGUGGGAUGGAGGCUGCUUUAGCAUCUGGAGUGUUGAAGGCUGCAGGCGACAAGCUAGUUUCACUGUUAGCCACUGAGUUUGCUGCCAUAACCGGUGUAAAAAGAGAUCUCUGCCAGCUCCAGGAUAUACACGCAGACAUUACAGGCUGGCUGUCGGCAGUGCAUGACAGAGCAAUACAGAGUGAGACACAGUCUCACUGGGUGGUAAAAUUGAAAGAUGUGGCUUAUGACAUUGACGAUAUACUACAAGAAGUCCAGCUAGAAGCUGAGAAACAGAAGAUGGAAAGAGAUGAUGACAAGAGUGGUAUAGCUGCUUGCUUCUGUGCAAAACCAAAGUCAUUUGCAUUCCGAUACAAGAUGGCUCAUAAGAUCAAGGCAAUCAAGGUUAGAUUUGCUGCAAUCGUCAAGCAAAGAAGUGAUUUCAAUACUUUAGUUCCAACAAGGGAUCAACAUGUUGGUACUAGGUACAAGACAGUUGGAGAGAUGACCUGGUUGAGCAAGGUUCCAGAGUCCAAAAUACCCCUUAGGGAUCAAGAAAAGGAUGAAAUCAUAUCUAAGCUUGUAGAAUGUAAUGCUGGAGAGAACAACAUGAUAGUUUCUAUCAUCGGAUUAGGGGGGUCAGGCAAAACUACUUUGGCCAAACACAUUUGCCAUGACGUCAAGAUAAAGGAGCACUUUGGAGGUGAAAUAUUCUGGGUCCAUGUGUCUCAAGAGUUUGAUGUUCAGAAGCUAAUCGGCAAGCUAUUUGAAACGAUUGUUGGAGAUAAUUCAGAUCGUCAUCCCCCACAGCACAUGGUCCAAAAAAUCUCCGAGAAGUUGAGCAAUAAGAAGUUUCUUCUUAUCCUUGAUGAUGCUUGGCAUGAGGACAGACAUGACUGGGAACAGUUCAUGGUGCAGCUAAAAUGUGGCGCACCUGAAACAAGGAUUGUGUUAACCACUCGUGAUCGAAAGGUUGCACAAGCUGUGGAAUCAAGAUAUACAUUUGAGUUGGCAUUCUUAUCAGAGUCUGAGAGUUGGAACUUAUUCCUGAAGGGUUCUGGGUUGGCAGAGCAAGAUUUGAGCUGCGAUGAGGUACAAGUCGGAAAAGAGAUUAUCAAGGGAUGUGGUGGGGUGCCGUUAGCAAUUCAGACUCUUGGAGCAGUCCUUUGUGACAAGAAGCAAAUAAGUACGUGGAGGGCCAUACGAGAGAAUAAUUUAUGGAAGGUUCAGAGUAUAAAAGACAGAGUGUUUGCAUCCUUGAAGUUGAGCUAUAUUCACUUGGCAGAUGAACUGAAGCAGUGCUUUACGUUUUGCUCCAUAUUCCCGAAGGGCUAUGGAAUCCAGAAAGAUCGUUUGAUUGCCCAGUGGAUAGCUCAUGGAUUCAUCAAUGCAAUGAAUGGAGAGCAACUCGAAGAUGUCGGAAGAGACUACUUAGAUUCUCUUGUAAAAGUCAGAUUUCUUCAGGAAGCUUAUGGGAGCAGGAAUACUGAUAUAUACAACAUGCAUGAUUUGAUCCAUGAUCUCACUCGACAGAUACUAAAGGAUGAACUGGUGACUUGUGUACCAAUUCAUACAACAGAAGAAUUUACUCAUAGGUAUAGAUAUUUAUCUUUGACUUCAUUCACUGAGAAUGUUGACAAGGGCGUAUUUGACAAGGUCCGUGCUCUAUAUAUCUCUGACAGUAAGACAUCUUUUGAUACCACAGUGAAGAGUAGUUGCUGUAUGCGCAGUGUUGUUUUGGACUAUGCAAUUGAUACUCCGUUUUCACUAUUCAUAUUAAAGUUUGAGUAUCUUGGGUAUCUUGAAAUCCAUAAUGUUAGUUGUACAACAGUUCCGGAAGCUAUCUCGAGGUGUUGGAACUUGCAGUCACUCCAUUUUGUUAACUGCAAAGGUUUCGUGACAUUACCUGAGUCUGUUGGAAAGCUUCGGAAGCUAAGGACUCUAGAGUUGCAUCGGAUUACUGAUCUUGAGAGUUUGCCUCAGUCCAUCGGUGACUGUUAUGUUCUUCAGUGCUUGCAACUAUAUAAGUGCAGAAAACAACGAGAGAUACCAAGCUCUUUAGGUAGAAUUGGAAACCUAUGUGUACUUGACUUUAAUGGUUGUACGGGUUUGCAAGACCUGCCAAGCACAUUAUCCUGUCCUACAUUGCGUACUCUGAACCUUUCUGAAACCAAAGUUACCAUGCUACCUCAAUGGGUUACAUCGAUUGAUACUCUGGAAUGUAUUGACCUUAAGGGAUGCAAUGAGCUACGGGAGUUGCCUAAGGGCAUAGCAAACUUGAAAAGGCUCACAGUUUUGAACAUAGAGCGUUGUAGUAAACUGUGCUGCUUACCAUCAGGGUUGGGACAGCUGACCCGUUUAAGAAAGCUGGGAUUGUUUGUUGUUGGGUGUGGUGCAGAUGAUGCGAGGAUCUCAGAGCUAGAAAACCUUGAUAUGAUAGGUGGUCACUUGGAAAUUACCAACCUUAAGUAUUUGAAGGAUCCAAGUGAAGCAGAGAAGGCUUGCUUGAAGCGGAAGAGUCACAUGCAACGCUUGGAGCUGAACUGGUCUUUAAGUGAUGCCGAAGAAGAGCUGGUGUCAGAUAUGGAACAUGAUUGGGGUGUGCUGAACGCUCUUGAACCACCAUCGCAAAUUGAGAGGUUGGAUAUCUAUGGUUACAGAGGCCCCUGCCUGCCAGGAUGGAUGAUGAAGCAAAAUGAUUCUUCAUAUUGUGAAGGUGGCAUAAUGCUGAAGCAAACUAUCGCAUCCCAUUUCCUUUGUUUAACUUUGUUAACGCUAGUAAGAUUUCCAAACUUGAGGCAUAUGAGAGGAUUUGUUGAGUUGCCUUCACUGAAGACCCUUGAGCUGUUGGAAAUGCCUAAUUUAGAGGAGCUGUGGACUACAUCAAGUGGUUUUGAAACUGGGGAGAAAGAAUUGGCAGCACAACAUCUUUUCCCUGUCCUGUCCAGUCUACACAUAUAUGGCUGCCCAAAAUUAAAUGUGAGCCCCUACUUUCCACCAUCGUUGGAGCGUAUGACUUUAGGCAGAACCAAUGGGCAGUUGCUAUCCACUGGAAGGUUCUCCCAUCAGCUGCCCAGCAUGCAUGCGUUGGUCCCUCGCCUCAAGAGUCUAUGGCUAAGCGAAGUUACAGGAUCAUCAUCUGGCUGGGAACUGCUGCAGCACCUCACUGAGCUGAAAGAGUUGUAUAUUGACACGUGCAAUGACCUGACACAGUUACCAGAGAGCAUGCGGAACCUCACCUCGCUUGAACAUCUCGACCUGUCAUCAGGUCCUGCACUGACGGUGCUGCCGGAGUGGAUUGGACAACUCUCUGCGCUUCGUUCGCUUUAUACCCAGCAUUUCCCUGCCCUUCAAUACUUGCCCCAAUCCAUACAACGCCUAACCGCUCUUGAGAGAUUGGUCAUUAGUGGUUGCCCUGGUUUGGCGGAGCGUUACAAGCGAGGGGAAGGGCCCGACUGGCACCUUGUCAGUCACAUUCCUUGUGUGGAAAUCUAUGCGUGAAUACGGCAAAUGCAACCGUUGGUACAUUCUGCUGCCUGUAAGACUAUUACCGAUGCAUUGUAUUAUUAGUUAUAUUAUCAUGUCCAUCAACCUACAUUCAUAUGUAACUAGCAAGGUGGCCCGCUAAAAUGGCGCCGGUAGCUAGGGAACUGAAAUAUCAAACGCACAUGCGUAUAGAGUUAAAUAUAUUUGAUGUCUUUGAUGUCGUAGUUGUUUUA